UAAAAAUUUGUUGACAUUUGUUGAUCAUUUGAAAAUGUUUAAAAAAUUAAAGCCGGGGGAAACUGAAGAGGAUGUUCUUCGAAUGGCAGCCGAAUUCAAUGCUGAGCGGGAAAAGAAUCCAUCGUUUCAGCCAGCGGCAACAGUUGUCCGCGUCCCAGCUCCAGCCGCGAAAAAAUCGGUGUUUGCCCAGAAGCGGGAGCAGGCCAAGCUUAACCGUGCUCCUGAACAAAAGCAAGAGAUUGAGAACAAAGUUCAAGUUAUAACUUCCCAAGAGGAUGAAGUGAGAAACCAGAAAAUACUUCUUGAUGAAAUACAUGAGAAUAUAUUGGGUGAUGUGCGGGGCAAUAAGGUUAGCCCCAAUCUCAUUGACAAUGUGCUGGGUGAAAUAACAGAGAGAAACUCUGGCUGCAAGCGCAAGCUUGACAAGACCGAGACCAACAAGCCUAGAAGCAUCUUUGCUCGGCAAAUGAUGGGCGAGCAGAGAACCGGCAAUUUUUUAAAUAGCAGUCAUAAAAUGCAAAUUGACAAAGACGAUCUGGGCGCGAAAAGUUCCAUUAUUAAAGAUGAGCAGCUGGCCAAAGAGUUGCAUGCCGAAAAUCUUAAUGUCCUCAAUCAAAUGAGUUCAGAAGAUAUCUUAGCCGAAAGGCAAAAACUAUUAGAGACUUUGGAUCCAGCUUUAAUUGCCAUGCUGGGCAAGAAGCGUGAACCCCAAACAAAUGCCAAGGCUACGCCUAUGGUUAUACCACCGCUGCCCAUGUCACCCAAAUUGCCAGAGUCGAAUCCUGCCCUAGAAAUACUCCAGCAAAGUGAUGAGGGUCAGUGGCUUAACUUUAACCUUAUCGAGGAGCACAAAUUAGCUUGGAUGCGGGAUAUACCCGCUAAGGUGGCCCAACUGAAACCUGGCCAGCAAUUUGAUGCCCGUUUCGAUUGGAAGGGCGUCCUGUUGCCACAUACACUGCCCCAAGAUGAAGAUCAGGAUUCGCGGGAAUUGUAUUUGCAUGGCGAAGAGGCUGAACGUCCUGGUUAUACGCUGCAGGAACUUUUUCGCUUGGCUAGAUCAACCGUACUGCAGCAGCGUUUAUCGGCAUUUGGUGCCAUUGCUGGCAUCUUUAGCAUCUAUAACCAAGGCUUUUAUGAUCAAGUUCUGACUUUGCCGAUAUCGAAAAUGUUUUUCCUAUUGCGCUUUGGACUGGAUGACAAUACCCCCGCCCAAUUGGAAGUGGUCAGCCGAGCCUUGGCGCGCCUAUGCUACAAUGAAACGGAUGAAGUGGUUCUGGAUUAUAUUUACAAUAAUGCCUACUGUCAUUGGCAACCAUCGCUGCAGGUGGCAAUGGGCAAUGCCAUGGAUGAGAGCGAUCCAGGCAGUGAUCCCACUUCGCUUGCAUUUUUGCAGAACUACAUGAAGUUAUUGCGCUCUAAUCCCACCUCAGUGCGAGCUGAAAUUGACGAAGAUGAGGGCGAGAGUCGCACAAGCAUGGAUGACUUUCAGCUGGCCGAGACGGAUCUAAUUGAUUGCCUUUUAAGAACCAAUAUCUUGCAGCGGAUCACAUUCAUUUUGACUUCAGUGCGUCCAGAGAAUAGCACAGUUGACUCCUGCCUGAAGCUACUUAUACGCAUAGCCCGCACCAGCUCAAAAGUGGCCAGGCAGUUGGCUAAUGAAAGUCGCCUCUUCGAGGUACUGUUGACCAACUUCAUGCCUCCCCUUAGGGCUAGUGUACCAAAUUCAGGCAUAUACUAUGGCCAUCCGCAGUUUCUAUGCUUGAAACUUCUUCGCGUACUUAUUGGUACUCAUUUGGACAUAGCCAAGGCUAUUUCUAAAGACAUUGUAAUCGAGCGAUUGCAGCAGUAUUUGUUCCAUCGAGACGAUAUUAAAUCCCCAAUGAUACGGGUUCAGAUCGAGGCACUACGUAUCUUGCGCUGUCUCAUCUUGCUCGGUAUUGUGCAUCGUGACUUGUACAGACAGUUUCUGCCAGCUCUGCGUCAAAUGCUCGACUGGCACUACAAUCAUUGCGUUUUCGAAGUAGGCGGUUCGUCGCUGAUUCGCCAGCACGCAGCCGCUCUGCUAGUGGCAAUUGUGGCCAGCGGUGAAAGUGGCAUUUGUGACAUAGAAAUGCAGAAAAUGUUGCUGGAACCUUUAAACAAUUGCUGCUGCAAAUGGUUUCACACGGCAACGCGUAGCGAUAUGCCUAAGGAUUUCUCUCAAUUGACUUUGCUAAGUACUUCUCUGUAUGCUGUUAAGUGGUUUGCCAGCCAUAGUUAUGUGGGACGUGCUGGUUUUCCGCUGUUCCUGCGUAGCAUUUUGCCGAAUUACGCUAAUUCGUCGGGAUUCAUUGCAUGUGCACAGCAGUUGACUAAGGGCUCUAUAAUUUUACGCCAAUUUGGCGAUCGACGUCAUGUACAUGCCCCUUUACCCAACAUGGGCGCUGUGUUAAUGCACGAUUGUGGGCCACAGUUGAUCGUAAGUGAUACGUAUCCGGUUCAGUUGUUAAGCAACGUCUGGGCUCUGCUUGAGGAUCCAAUGGAAACGCGCGUGCGGCCAUUAUUUGAGGCAGUUAUGCAACCAGCUAUAUUGGAGCCCUUGGCCGAGUAUCUAACUGCGCUCAGUACAAAGUUAAAUCGCAUAUUGGCCAGUAAUAUUUUUGCCCGCAGUGAACUGAGAUUCAUUCAUCAAUUGCUGUGUACAGAUGGCCUGGAAACAUAUCUGGAGCGCACACAACUGCUGCGGUUGGUCUAUAGCUAUCUAUGCAGUUUAUCCACCGCCGAUGCAAAACAAAUAAAGAGCAUUUUCAAUCGUUACAUAUUCAAUGAAAAAUAUAUGGAACUAAAUGAGAAAUCGUUGGCCCUGCUAGAGCAAACAUGCCUGGAAAUGGUCUAUCCCCAUGUAAUAGCAGAUAAUAGAGAACCCUCGUUGACUCUCAGCUACAUUCAGGCUCCUAUUCUACCGCCUGAUUGGCCAUAUUUUCAAUUGCGUCUCAUCCUUAGCAAUUACUUGGAGAAUGUACAGCAACGUCCAGCUGUAAUAUUCUCAGAGCAUCAUGUUGUGCGAAUGACUUUGACUUUUGUCCAGCAAUUGGAACAACAGGGUCUGCAAAUUGUUAGCCCACUCGAGAAGCUAAUGUAUCUGAUGAUUGCUUUCAUGGGUCCCGAUUCACAAUUUUUGGAACCAUCAUUGCAUGAGCUUUUGCAGAGUCAUCUAAAGGAUUUCUAUUCUCAGAAUGCACAAAGACAUUUUGAUUUCGAUAUCGAAUUUGCGGACAAGGCAAACUUUGAGCCACUCUACUACCUGUUUGUCAAUCAUUUCGAGGCAGCCAGCUACGGAGAUGAGCUAUUUAGCUCACUUGUUCUAUUACCGCUGGCCCAGAAGUACGACAAUAAAUGGCGGCGUCGUCUUUGGUCCGAGCAUGUUCAGGUCAUGCGCUUCAUCAACUGUGAUGAGAGUUUGUUAAUUGGUGGUUUAGAUGCCUAUCUGGAGCCAGUGGAGGAGGAACCAUCUUUGUUGCAAUUAUAUGGUGAUGCCUUACACCGUCAGCUUGUGCGUCCUGGCAGCAUUGCAUACAAAAUAGCCAGACAUCAUUUCAACAACUCCACUGCCAUUCAGAAAUCUAAACUAUUCUGAGUGUUUUACAAACUGUCUCCUUGGGCUAAAUUUGCCGCCGUGAUAUAGUCUAUACUUUAGUUGAACAAUAGUGAUUCUUUUUUAUUAUUCUGCUAUCAGUGCAAAUUGAAAGAAACUAAAAAUAAAAACAAAAACUGACACUGA